AUGACCCUGGUUCCGAAGGCGAAAAGGAAGAAAUUCGAUCCCAAAUCCGAAAAGGGUAUUUUCGUUGGUUAUUGUGAAGACACAAAAGGCUAUCGGGUGUAUGAUUCUGAGAAGGGCAGUUUUCGCAUCAGCCGAGACGUCGUAGUUCUGGAGGAAGCUGUCGUUAUUUGUGAGGUGGAACAACCAGUGAAACCGGUGGAGUUCAUGGAGCUUUGUUGGGACGAGUUCCGUGACCAUCCUGCGUGUGGUACAGUCGAGCCUGUGACUGGUGCUGGAGUUGUUUGUGGUAAUCGUGAUGAUAUCGAGCCAGCGGAAGAAGCGAUUGGUGUCGAUAGUUCGUUCAGCGAAGCGGAUGACUACGAGGAUGCCGUUGCCGAUCCCACCGCAACUAAAUAG